AUGUGGCGUGUUUGUGUACACCCUCACAGUUCAACACCGCAAUCUUCUUUACGAAGUCUACAGAUAUCCCUCUGUUUCUCACAGCGCUGGCAAUCAUCAUCAUCAUCAUCCUCUUUGCGUAGGAAUAAUAAUAAUAAUAAUAAUAAUAAUAAUAGUUCUACAUUGUCUCUUCCUCCACUGCGUUGCCCUGGUGGGCCGCGUGUAAAGGCGGAGGGACUCAAACAACUCUUUAAAGUUCCCCAUGCGGGUUACUUGGCAAAGUACGAUCAGCGAUUUAUUCUUAAUCUUAAACUCACACAUCAGAUAGUCACACACCUCUCCCGCACUACACUUCGUACAGGAGAUAAAUUAUUAAUUGAACUUGGACCCGGUGUUGGGGCUCUCACACGUAGUUUACUCACACGUCCAUGUGUGGCUGUAUUAGGAAUUGAGGCCGAUACUCGGUUUAAUUCACAUCUUGAACAGAUCCGACAAUACACAGAUGGGAAGUUUCAAUGGGUGAAUGGGGAUGUACUGCAGAUAAAUGAAUUAGAGAUUCUACAGUCUUUAUAUCCAAAGUUUGUGGAUCAGCAUAGAAGAAGACGGCCUACAGCUGCUGCUGCUGCUGGUAGUAGUAGUAGUGCUUCUCAACAACAAAAACAAGGAGAAGGAGAAGAAGAAUCCCAAUACUAUAGAGAGGAUGAGUAUAAUAAUAAUAAUAAUAAUAAUAAUAAUAAUAAUAAUAAUAAUAAUAAUAUGGGUUGUGAAGGGGCACCAUUGCGUAAUGCACAACGAGAGCGUAUUCUCCGACGGCGAUUUGCUCAAAAUGCGGGAUAUAAUCAUGAUACAAGUAGUAAUAAUAAUAAUAAUAAUAAUAGUAAUAAUAAUAAUAAUAGUAAUAGUAACAAGAAGAAGAAUAAUAAUAACAACGAGAGUGAUCGUUGUUUAAAUCCUGCAUUUGAUGUGAGUGAUCGUUGGUGGUCUGAUGGAGAUGCGAAGGUGGAAGUUCUUGCCAAUCUCCCUUUUGAUGUCAUCACGGAAUUACUCAUGCGAUAUGCUGUGGACUGUUCACGACGAGAGAAUCUCUUUAUCUUUGGCCGUGUUCCUUUACACAUCUUCACACAAAAGGAAGUUGCGGAUCGUAUUAUGGCCCCUGCUGGUUCCAUUCACUUUUCUCGACUUUCUGUUCUCUGCCAGUGUUUCUUUCACAUUCAAGUACGACAGACAUUUCGUGAAAUGACAUAUUAUCCAAAGACGGAGGUGUUGGGCGUGAUGCUGACAUUACAACCCCGCACACAAUCAUUACUUCCUUGUAUAGAUGCGGCUACACUUAUGCACUUUACAGAUCUUCUCAUGCGGCCUGGUAGACGAGGAACGACGGUGUUAACGGCAUUACAGCGAGUUGUGCCAGCUGCAGUGGCGCAAUAUAUUCUGCAGGAAUUGCGAGUGGAUGGGGCUUUGACUGUGUUGGAUUUAACAGCAGAGGAGAUUUGUAAAAUGGCGGAUAUGUGGAGACGCUUUCUGGAGGCUUCAUCUCAACAACAACAACAACAACAAGAAGAAGAAGAGGGAAAAGGAGAGAAGAAGAAAGAGAAAGAGAAAGAGAAAGAAGAGGAGAGAUGA